AUGGUAGCCGGAAUUUCACGAUCACCCACAACUCUCAUCAUUGUAAUCUCUCUCACCAUCCUCCUCUUAUGGUACACAACUACAACCACCACCAUUAUUUUCCGGCAACAACGUCCACCCAUAAAAGCCAAUCAUAUCGUAAAGGAAAAACAACAGGAUCAACAUUACAGAUCACUAUUGACACGCCGUGUAUUGAUCAACAGGAAAGUGCUAUCACCAACCACAAACUUCGACUUCACACCGUUUCUUCAUGGGGAUCACCACCAGCACCACCAGCAUCCGGCGGCAGUGCCAGAGAUUGACCCGAGAUAUGGAGUUGAGAUGCGGCUUGUCCCGACAGGUCCGAACCCAUUACACCACUGA